AUGACAGGGCGUCACUGGGGAUACGGAGAGGAGAACGGUCCAGAUGCAUGGCACAAAAACUAUCCCAUCGCCCAUGGCAAUCGCCAGUCUCCCAUAGACAUAGUUCCUGAGGACACUGUAUACGAUGCCAGCCUGCCUCCCAUAUUCGUCUCCUACGACCACUGCAACUCAAUCAACAUCUGCAACAACGGCCACUCUGUGACCGUAGAGUUUGAUGACACCGAUGACAAAACAGUAAUCAGGGCAGGCCCCCUUGACAACGCCUACCGGCUGAAACAGUUCCACUUCCACUGGGGCGGGAAGGGCAGCCAAGGCUCAGAGCACACCGUCCGAGGGAAGACCUACGCUUCAGAGCUUCAUCUGGUGCACUGGAACGCAGACAAGUACAAGACAUUUGGGGAGGCAGCGGCAGCCCCCGAUGGACUGGCUGUCCUUGGCGUCUUUUUAGAGAUCGGAGAUGAACACAGAGGUUUACACAAGAUAACAGAUGCUUUAUACAUGGUGAAGUUUAAGGGAAGAGUUGCAGAUUUCAAAGGUUUCAAUCCCAAGUGCCUCCUACCUAACAGCCUACACUUCUGGACCUACCCGGGUUCACUGACCACGCCACCUCUUCACGAGAGUGUCACCUGGAUCGUUCUGAAGGAGCCAAUCAUAGUCUCAGAGAAACAGAUGGGAAAGUUCAGGAUGCUGCUCUUCAGCGGAGAGGAGGAAGAGAGCAGGAAAUGCAUGGAGAACAACUUCCGACCCCCUCAACCCCUGAAAGGCAGGAAGGUGCUAGCAUCCUUUGACUAA